CCCACCGACGUCGUUCUCGCCCACAAUCGACCCACCGAGGCGACAGAAUCUGAGACGCGUUCCCCUCCCCCGUUCUCUCCUUCUCCGAUCAUGGUGGUGGAAAAGACGGACUAUAGCCUGUACGGCGGUGCUGAACACACCAGCCCCGCGGAGCAGGCGAAGGCGUCCCAAAAGGUCCACAGGUCACCACGAAGGACGGUGGUCAUUACCCCCACCGAGAAGGACAAUGGUGUCGCGCACCCUGCGCCUCCUAUGGAUUCGUCCGACUUCCUGUGGCUGAUGACUGAGGAGCCCCAUCGUUCGCGCAGGGCUGCGAUCAUGAAGGCCCACCCCGAGGUGACCAAGCUCAUGGGCUACACGCCCGUGACAAAAUACGUUGUGGCGUUCGUGGUCGCGCUGCAGCUCUCCAUCGCGGUCUACCUGCGGAAUACACACCCCCUCUCGUGGAAGUUCAUCCUGAUUGCCUACGCCAUCGGUGGAACUGCGAACCACAAUCUCUUCCUUGCCAUCCAUGAAAUUACGCACAACUUGGCGUUCAAGAGCAUCUGGGCGAACAAGUCGCUCGCUAUCUUCGCCAACUUGCCCAUCGGUAUUCCGUACGCGGCAAUGUUCAAGCGUUACCACAUGGAGCACCACCGCUACCUCGGCGAAGACGGCGUCGACACCGACCUCCCCUCCCACCUCGAGCUCAUCUGCCUCAACAACGUCCUCGGCAAGGUCUUCUUCGCCACCUUCCAGAUCUUCUUCUACGCCCUCCGCCCCGGCUUCGUCCGCUCGCAGACCCUCACCAAGUGGCACGCCGCGAACUUCGCCGUCGUCCUCCUGUCGGACUACAUCCUCAUCAAGAACUUCGGGAUCGUCCCGUACAUAUACUUGCUUAUGAGCUCGUUCUUCGCGGGGAGCCUGCACCCUUGCGCGGGCCACUUCAUCGGGGAGCACUACUUGUGGGACGGCCUGGAGCAGGAGACGUACAGCUACUACGGGCCGCUGAAUAUCCUGGCGUACAACGUCGGCUACCACAACGAGCACCACGACUUCCCCUCCGUCGCCUGGACGCGGCUGCCCGCGCUCAAGGCCCUCGCGCCCGAGUUUUACGACACCAUCCCCUCGCACCCCUCGUGGCCGAUGAUCAUCGUCAACUUCAUCCGCGACCCCGAGGUCGGCAUCUUCGCGCGCGCGAAGAGGCGGGCGAGGGUGAUGGGGGCGGCGAAUGGUGGUGGGGUGGCGAAUGGUGGUUCGGCGGCGAAUGGGGGAAAGACGAACGGCGCGGCGAACGGUACAGGCGAGAAGGUGAAUGGGGUGGCGGACGGGAUCGCGGUGGCGAAUGGCGUCGCAGUGGCUAACGGCGCCGCGAAUGGGAAGGCCAACGGCACUUGCGCCGCCAACGGUGGCACGAAGGUCAAGCUCGCCGCAGACACGCCGGGCGACCUGGAGAACGACGAUGCCUACGACAUCAGGAAUGCGUAGGGUAGAGUUGUAUUUUCCGAACCGCGAUGUGAUCUGUACGCCUAGGUAAGGCAAUCCCGCUCGCAUGCCCACGUUUGUGAGCCGUACUAGUCCUUGAAUAGCGCGUGUGGGUUGUCACGCAACUCUUGUUGAGGCAUCAAGUAUGGCAUAAGUAUUCGAUAUCAAUCCUACAGCCUGACAUCUGCCUCGACUAAUUGCUACUUCCAUCCG